AUGUGGACAUCUGUCAAACAGCAUGUGAAAAGGUGUAUAAAAUGUCAAACCCUGAAAAGUGAAAACCGCAAACCUGCUGGGAAAAUUCAACAGACCACCACCACUCGCCCAAAUGAGAUGUUGGGAGUAGAUAUCAUGGGUCCUCUGCCUUGCAGCCCCCAAAGAUAUGAAUAUCUACUUGUGUUCGUGGAUUACUAUUCCCGAUGGGUUGAAUUAUUCCCCUUGAGAAAGGCCACUGCUCAAACUGUUGCUGCCCAUCUCAGAGAAGACAUCCUCACUCGUUGGGGGGUACCUGAUUUCAUCCUGUCUGAUCGGGUGGUGGUCGGUGAGAGCCGUGUGGUGAAGGUUCCCGUCGGUCCUCUGGUGCGCAUCGAGGGUCAGGCCGUCUCCAUCCGCUGCGAUGUAUCUGAAUACCAGGGACCCAAAGAUCAGGACUUUGAUUGGUCUAUUGUCCUCGCCGGUGAUAAACUGCUCCCGCUCGUCUCCACCUUAGAUGAUAGAUUCACCGACCCUACAGUGAAGGACCGGGUCAACAGUGGUGACAUCAGUUAUAAGAAGCUGGCAGAUAACGCUGUGGAGCUCAGAUUCAAGAAGGUCAGAGCGACGGACAGUGGCUUGUAUCGCUGCAACACGCCCAGCACCGACUCAGUCAUCAGCGGGAACUACGACGCCAAUGUGGAGCUCAAAGUGAUCGGGGACAGUCUGAAGGUUUCUUCAGCCAUUCCCAAGUCAGAGGUGUCUGAGGGAGAAUCAGUAGAGCUUCAGUGCAACGCAACACGGGGCUUCACGGAGCACACCUUCCUCUCCGUCACCUGGUCCAUCAGAAAAGGGAACGGCCCAUUGGAGGAAAUCUUGACGGUUGGGCCGGAUCAUAAGAUCAAAGUUGGAAGUAACUACACUCAACUUUACACAGAUGGCGGACUUCGCUUGGACCUUCAUGGAGGUGGAUUUUAUGGACUAGUCCUGAAGAGAGCAAAGCCGUCAGACCAAGGGGUGUAUGUGUGUACGGGCCGAGAGUGGGUGAGGCAGGGAGAAGGAGGAAGAAAUUGGAGGAAGAUUCUGGAGAAGUCUGAGGAAAUGGGGAAGGUUGUGGUUACAAAAAGAAUGAUGGAAAGUAAGUUUUGUGUAUGAAUGAUGUAAUUCUUUUAAUUGGUAUAAUUCUUUGUUACAUAUAAAUAUUUUAAUCUGUCCCAUUGUUGAUAAAUAUAAUAAAUUUGCAAUUACCCUGCUUUUUUGUUUGAUUAUUUUUGCUGUUUACUAAACUUACUUAGCUAAAGUAUUGAACUGAAACUGAAAAUACCUUAUAUAUAGUACAAGAAUGGAAUGGAAAUAGUGAACUGUUGCGUGUUUGUACCCACAAGAAUAACUGCUAUGUAUGGGUGUGUAUACACAUGAAAAGGAGGCCCAGACUGAUGGUACAUGGAUGCAAGUAUGUGUGUGUGUUCUAGGACAUGAGAAAAUGUAAAAGACACAGGAAGAUCCUGAAAAGGACUUUGGAUAUUUUGGCCAAGUUCAUUUAAGGUCAUUAAUGAAUUAACUAGUAACAUUUUACAAUAAGGUAUCAUUUGUUA